AUGAAGAGCCUCAACGACAUGGACGCAGGUAGCGAAAGGAAUGAGCGCGUGGACGCGUGGGAGCAGCAUGUGUCGAAACGAUUCGGACGCAAGUACUGGUUCAACAAGGCUCCUCGACAAGAGGAUGAGAACCCCAGGAAGAAAGCGAGAACCUCAAGCGAUGAGGCCAAGGAGGAGAUGGCUCGCAACCAGUCGCUGGAUCGUGAGUCGACGGUGAACGAGGAGAGCUCUUGGCUCCUGCCGUCAACCGAGCUCUUCGAGCAGUUGAAUCACUACCAGAAGAAGCUGCGAGGGGAGGGCAUCACCGAGACCAACCAGACAGGGGUGUGGAAGCUUCACUUCUCGAGGAGCCGAGGUCAGCACUUCUGGUUCAACAAGGUGACGGGGGAGGCUCGUUGGAAUCAUCCCAACGAGACCUUCUCCAGCCCUCUCGCAAACAGCUCGGAGCUGCUCAACGGGACGGAAGCAGAGGCUGAGCAAGACACAGAGGUUGGGAUAGGAUCUCUGGGACGCGCAAAGAGCUCCAGGAAGACUCAAGGAAGCAGCCAAGGGAGAGAGCUGGAACGAGGCUCGAGAGACAUGGCGUGGGGCUUUCGGGCUGAAGCAGCCUGGCAGAUGAGGAUGCGAGAAGUUAUGGAAGCGAAGGCUCGUGCGGGGGAUGCGCAAGGGUGCAAGUUCGAACCUCUCAGCAAAGUGUUCGAGGAAGCGCUUGGAAACCUCAAGCAGGAGAGCGAAAGACCAGAAGUGCAUCUGCGCGAGCGAGCGCGAGCAGCGAUGGAAGCUUUCAACCCUAUAAGAGACGCUCAGUACGGAGCUUUCAUCGGCCCCGAGCUUGGCCCGACCUUCAUGAGACGAGUGUCAAGCACCGCGCCUAUCGCAGAAGGAGCGAAGAUUUACUUCGACUCGGACCACAAAGAGUUUGAAAAGUACAAGGAGAAAGCCAAGGCGAUCGCCAAGCUGAAUGGAGGAUUCUUCCAUCGGACCAAGAGCCAUCAGUUCCUCACGUCCCUCUCCGACCUCGAGACCCAGCAAGUUCAAGAGCCCAAGAUAAACUGGUGUCCCAAGUGUGCCAAGGAGGAGAAAUUCAACAAAGUUGACGAAUUUGGCCAUCACAUCGACGCGUCAUGGGCUGACUUCUUCGAGCGGAUUCAGAGCGACGACUUCAACCUGGAGGACUUUUGGAAGGACGAGGAGACCGACUUCAAACCGUUUCCCAAACCUUCUUCGGAUCAGCAGAUGCCAAAGCCAGCCAUGCAUCAGAAUGAAGAGGACGUCAAGAACCUUUCACCUGUCGAAGAGGUCGAGAGGAUCAUGCAGGUCCUCAAGGACAAGUCCGACAUUCCGAUCCAUAGCUUCACCGCUAGCGAACUCUGCCUGCUGCUGGGGAUCAAAGUGAGCAAGAUGAACGACCCUGACCUGCUGAGGAAACGCUACCGUCGUCUCGUUCUCAUCCUCCAUCCCGACAAGAACAGACACGAGAGUGCAAAGGAUGCCUUCACUGCUGUGCAGCAGGGUUUUGAGAAUUUGGCUUCAAUCUUGAUGAGAAGGAAGUGA